UCAAUCAAAAGGAUGGACGUCACAAACUGAAAAGCGUGCCCUUAUUGUGAAAAGGCAAGCCGGAUGUUACAUCUGCCGACACGUCAGACUUGCCUGCACCGGAAGUCCUUGUCCCUUUCGGUGACGCUGCAUAAGACUGAAACAUGGAAGGGUGCAGGCUGCUCGGACUGGUCCUUCUCAGCCUGGCUUGGAGUGGAGGCCAGGCUGUCACACCGACACACUACCUUUCCCUUUCCGAUGUUGGCCGGCUUCAAAGCCUUCUUAGUCAGCCCUUCAAAGACUUGGAGUCCGCCUAUUAUUCUGUUCUUGGCCUCACCAAACUUGGAGCCAACGUGCCUGAUCACAAGGCAUUAUGCCAGUUCCUGAAAUCCCAGCUUGACGCUUCUAGUGUUGACUCGCUCUUCUUUGCAGCGGAGACCAGUCAAGCCAUAUCUGGGUGUGAGAUUCCUGUGUCCAAUGAAACGCGUGACAUCCUGCUGGCCGCCGUCAGUGAAGACUCCAGCAUGACUCAGAUCCACCGGGCUGUGAGCGCGCUGAGCUCUCUGGGUCUUCCUCUGACCUCUCAGGAGGUCGUAGGUGCUCUUACAGCUCGCAUCAACAAGGAGGACAAUGUCAUUGCCAUUACCUCAGCUCUGCAAACAGCCACCCGUCUUUCCCAACAGGCGGAGCUUGGAGGAAUACUUGAGGAAAUUGAGGAUCUGACGGCACGUUUAGAUGAUGUCGGUGGUAUCUACCUCCAAUUCGAGGAGGGACUAGAGGCCACUGCCAUGUUUGUGACUGCUGCUUAUGCCUUGUCGGAUCAUGUCGAUAUGGAGCCGCCUCUCAAAGAAGACCAAGUCAUUCAGCUGGUGAACUCAAUCUUCAGCAAGAAAUCCUGGGACUCCCUGGUCGAGGCCUUCAGUGUGGUAAAUGCUGCCGCUACUCUCUCAAACAACCGCUUCCAUGUUCCAGUGGUUGUUGUCACUCAAGGCCCGGCGACCGUGUCGCACAGCCAACCAACCCUGCAGCUCCUUGUUACUGACGUCAUGUCUCAGUCUCUGGCUUCAGCCGUCGUGCAGGUGGAAUCUGUGUUUGCAUUGGCCCCCAAGACCAUUGUACUUGGCCAAGUACCAUUCACACUCAAUGACGGCGUCUUCGAACUGAACUUCAUGUCCCAGCAGCCAGCCAGCGGAUAUUACCAGUUUACUGUUUCUGUGACUGGAGAUAGCCGAUUGAUCGCCAAUCAUGUUGAGCUCAAAGUGAAAGUGUCAACCGAGGUGUCCAUUACCAACAUGGACCUCUCCGUGGUAGAUAAGGACCAGAGCAUCGGCACAAAGACCACCAGGGUCAACUUUCCUUCCAAAGCCAAGAGCUCAUUCACAGCAGACAGUCAUCAGAAUUUCGCCAUGUCCUUUCAGUUGGCUGAUGCCAACACUGGAGUCGAACUCACCCCCCACCAGACUUUUGUUCGACUGCACAAUCAGAAAACUGGCCAAGAAGUUGUUUUUGUUGCUGAGCCCGACAAGAGUAUUUAUAAGUUUGAGAUAGACACCACAAAGCUAAAGUCAGAGUUUGACUCCAUCUCUGGGACCUAUUCUCUAUAUCUGAUUGUCGGGGAUGCCACCCUGGAGAACCCAAUAUUGUGGAAUGUGGCUGAUGUUGUACUGAAGUUUGUGGACGAGGAAGCCCCAGCUAUUAUUCAAUCUAAGACUCUCUAUGUACCCAAACCAGAGAUUCAGCACUUGUUCAGAGAGCCAGAGAAGAAGCCCCCAACUGUUGUUUCCAACGCCUUCACGGCACUUGUCCUGUCUCCCCUCCUGCUUCUGCUCAUUCUGUGGAUUAAACUUGGAGCAAACAUUUCCAAUUUAAGCUUUUCUCCCAGCACCAUUGUCUUCCACUUAGGGCAUGCAGCCAUGCUGGGACUGAUGUAUGUCUAUUGGACCCACUUGAACAUGUUCCAGACUCUUCAGUACCUGGCCAUUAUCGGGACUAUUACAUUCCUGGCCGGAAACCGCAUGCUGGCCCAGAAAGCAGUGAAGAGGAUUGCCGCCGAGCAAAGUAGUAGGUUGGCAAAGUAUAGGAGCCUCCGAUAAAUGGCCCGUUUGUAACAAUGGAGCGGCUUGUGCUCCCAUGCUGAAAACAGAGAAAAAAUAAGCCGACAUAAUUAGAAGAAGGAUCAGUAUAUGGAGACAACCGCAGAUGCAUCGAAUCUGACUAACGGGAGGAUUUUGUGCAUUGCCUAAUGAAAGGAAAUCCCCACAACAUCCAAACGUCUUCAAAAUCAAACCAGUCCAGCCCGACGCCUCCAGUUGAGUGCUGCAACGCUACUGAUCAAUGCACUUCAUCUUCCUGUGAGAUUAUUUUUCUUCUUGUAAAACAUGCCAGUGACGUCUUGGUGCUUGGCUGUUUUUUUUUUUUAUGGUUUCUUGAUGGAAUUUUAGUUUUUUUUUUCUUUUUUGUACAUUCCCCUUAGUUGCUCACAGAAUAAUUUAAUCUGUCCUCAUUAGAUCAGAAACGUGAGCCACUUCUGCCUUUUUGAGUUUGAUGUGUCAAUGCAGAGGUGGUUUCACAUUUGAUACAAAACGUUAGUGCCCAAGAUAAACUGAUAACGUGUGGGAAAUGUAAGGAUUUGUUUUUCUAAUUAAAAAGCCUAAAUAAAGAAA